AUGCCGAGGGGCUUCCUGGUAAAGCGAACUAAACGGACGGGCGGCUCGUAUCGAGUGCGCCUAGCUGAGCGGGUUUUCCCCCGGCUGGGGCCCCAGGGGGCGCCGCCCUUUCCUGAGGAGGCUUCCAGUGCCCCCCAGCCCGGUGCGGAGCAGGUGGCAACCCCCACCUUGGAGGAGGAGGCGGCGGCCCGGGAACUGUCGGGGUCGUCCUGUCGGGCGGCUAGGGUGAGCCCGGCGGAGGGCGGGCAGGAAGGUGCUGCGGAGUGGAGGGCGGAUGGUAGGGAGGGUCCCGGGCCCAGCCCCAGCCCCACGAAGCCGGCGGGCGCGGAGCUGCGCCGGGCAUUCCUGGAGCGCUGCCUCAGCUCACCCGUCUCUGCAGAGUCCUUCCCCGGGGGUGCCGCCGCGGUGGCUGCUUUCUCUUGCUCGGCGGCGCCAGCAGCUGCACCGACCUCGGGGGAGCAGUUCCUGCUGCCGCUCCGGGCACCGUUCCCAGAGCCAGAGCUCCAUCCAGACCCUGCGCCCCUCUCGGCCACCCUGCACGGCCUGAAGCGGGCCGCUGGCAACGAGCGCCGUGCCAAGGCCCCUCCGGGCUGUACGUCUGGACCUGCGGCCGCGGGAAUCAAGAAGCCAAAGGCCAUGAGGAAGUUGAGCUUCGCGGAUGAAGUGACCACGUCCCCUGUCCUGGGCCUGAAGAUCAAGGAGGAGGAGCCGGGAGCACCGUCCCGGGGCCUGGGGGGCAGCCGCACGCCACUGGGGGAAUUUAUCUGCCAGCUAUGCAAGGAGCAGUACGCAGACCCCUUCGCUCUGGCUCAGCACCGCUGCUCCCGCAUCGUACGCGUCGAGUACCGUUGCCCUGAGUGCGACAAGGUCUUCAGCUGCCCUGCGAACCUCGCCUCCCAUCGCCGCUGGCACAAACCGCGUUCCGCAGCGGCAAAUGCUGCCACAGUCUCUUCAGCCGACGGGAAGCCGCCUCCUUCGUCUUCCUCCACCUCCCCAGACUCUGGGGCUGUUGCAUCUUUCUUGGCGGAGGGAAAGGAGAACAGCCGGGCAGAGCGAGCGGCCGAUCAGCACCUGCAAGCGAGGGACAGCUCCAGGGCGGAGCACCAGGACAGCGCCCCACACCAGGGCCUCCAGGUGCUGUCCCACCCCGAGCCACCGCUGCCUCAGGUCCCCUUUACGGAGGGGGUGUUGGGGCGCCGGGUGCCUGGGCCAGGUAGUGCCAGUGGUGUCGGGGGAUCCGAGAUCUUCAUGUGCCCAUAUUGCCACAAAAAGUUCCGUCGCCAAGCCUAUCUGCGCAAGCACCUAGGCACUCACGAGGCAGGCUCUGCUCGUGCGCUUGCCCCGGGCUUUGGCUCCGAACACGGUGCCCCACUCGCCUUCGCUUGCCCCCUGUGCGGGGCGCACUUCCCGUCCGCAGACAUCAGGGACAAACACCGGCUGUGGCACGCGGUCCGCGAGGAGCUGCUCCUGCCUGCUCUGGCCGGGGCGCCCCCAGAAGCGCCGAGCCCAGGCGGAGCAUCCGACGGGAGUGCUCAGCAAAUUUUCUCGUGCAAGCACUGCCCGUCCACUUUUUUUAGCUCCCCGGGGCUGACCCGGCACAUAAAUAAGUGCCACCCCUCAGAAAGUCGGCAGGUACUGCUGCUGCAGAUGCCGUUGCGGCCUGGCUGUUGA